AGUAUUUCCCAUGCCUGGAAAUGCAGCAUUGACUGAUCGGCGACGAGAACUCCGCUCCAUUGACAGCGAACCAAUUUUCUUCGCGAUUAUCGGCUGAUGUUGGGGAAGUCCACCAGGCAGACACCUGAAAAACAUGGAAGAAAUCGCAGUGUUCCGCUCGGCAAAACGUAGAAAAGUGGCACGCCCUCGCCUUGCAGAUUCAUCAGAGACGACCAAUGACCAGACCUCGGCCACGGCCACGGCCGAAGGUCCAGCUACUGAGGUAAAUGAGAACAAGAACAACGGCGAUGAGAUUGACCUUUCGGAUUUGAUUCGAGCUCGGAAGAACUAUCGGAGACCCGUGGGAGGCGUGCACUUCUCGACAACCAAAGGCGCGCCGGGUAAUGGGCAAGACAAUGGCAGCUCAAUGGUGUCCAAUGCCGAUCAAGGUCCAGUGAAACCAAUUGAUAUUUCCGGCCGGUUCGUCAGCAGUACAGGACAAGUCGUCAAUGUCGAUCAGCACAUGGUUGCUUUUGUAGAUUCGGAAAUGGCUAAGAAACGUACCCUUGUGGCUCACACCCCCGAGGACUCGCAAAGACAACACCAGCAUGGCACGCAAUCGACGCCGGAAACGCCCCAGGGAUCUGUAGCAGCACCUCCAAAGUCACCUGCUCAGAUAGACCAGUCCUCCAACCGCCAACUAUCGGAGAUCGACCUCGGCUCUUCGGCACAUCAAAGAAACCUUGCUCGAACGCAAGCAGCACUGGAGAGGGCAAAGGCAGGACUACCUCCCGUUGAAGACGAACCAAAACCACCAAGGCCACGUAGGCCGCGUCUCGGCCGCGACGGUAAACCAAUGAAGCCUCGGCCACGGAAGCGGCGGAACAGCGACGACGCUGCUCGUGACGCGCUUGUUGAGCAGCUCAUGCGGGAGAACAAACUGGACAUCUAUGAUGGGAAAGAAUUGCUGGGACGAACAGAACGACAAGCCGAGGCUGAAAGUGGCGAGGAAUACUCAGACGAUAGUGGCGCCGAUGAACGUAUGGCAGAGCAGUUCCGGCAGGAUUUCAUGGAUGCCAUCGCGGAACGGCAGCAAAAGAGCAAGGUCUCAACGCAAGCCAAAGGGUCGGCUGCAGCUGAACCCAGAGGCCCCAAAUUGGGAGGCAGCAGAAGUGCCAGAGCGAAGAUGGCUCAAAUGCAGCAACAAUCACAAGCGCCAGGAAAGAAGUAGUAGACUUUGGACAGGCAGCGGGCAUGGAGAUUCCAGGAUGUUACAAGCUUGGGCGGCUGGUUGACACCGACCAUUCGACUAUCUUCAUAAAACUACAUCUCCUGACCUAUCCUUUUCAGUGCCAUGGACCAUGGCCAGGACGAAAUUCCCCCUCUUGGGAAGCAAUCCAGACGACCGACCCAACCUGCCUCGAUUUGUCCACCGUCUGCUUCGCGCGAGGUUUCCAUCACGUGAUAAGGCUGGCAUCGGGAACGAGGGUCAGGCAGAACCGGGUCACUGAACAAGAGUAAAUUACAUGGUGAGGAGCGGAGUUGGCUUCCGAAAUACAAUAUGUUCUCUACCUGUGAGGGUCGAGUAUAUCACCACUAACAAAUUCAAUGGUCGGCGAUGCUAGCCACCUGUGGUGAAAGAACGUUCGGCAGAAUUUUGCUCAAACCUCACCUCACCCUGCUCUCAGCGGCAACACCAAGGACUUCACCUCUGCAGAGUUUUCAUCUGGUGCGGCAGGAAUCUCUACACCGCUGACCGAUUGGGAAGACGCGCCUGCCACCGACCAUAAAUAUUUCCCUCCCGCCCUCUUCUCUCUUACCCUUCUUUCGUAUCCUCCUUCAAGCAAAGGCGCACCUUGGAGCUCGAAGAGGAUUACCCCUCUUCCAACAUCAUCGGCGGGUGAUGAGAAGAGGUUAGAAUAGCUGACACAAAAAAAGGAUGAGCCCAAAAAGAAGGCCAUCAAAAAAAGAAGAUCAUGAUGACCCAAAAAGAAGGUCAUCGAAAAAAGAUCAUGAUGAGACCAAAAAGAAGGCCAUCAAUCACCCCUCUUCCAAAUCAUCGGCGCGUGAUGAGGAAGACGGUAGGAUAGCUCACACAAACCAAAAAAAUGAGCCCAAAAAGAAGGCCAUCAAAA